AUGAACUUCUCCUUAGAAGAAUCGCCUUUGACCAAAGUUGAUCUGACGAAGGACAAAAUGGCGCAAUGGAUAAAAGCACAAAUUAAUGGAGACAAGACCGAUAUCGACGUGUAUGGGAAGCCAACGGACAAGCAGUUGAAGGAGUUGGAGAAUGUCAGGAACUUGAGCAAGGAACUCCAGGAGAAUUUAUCCGAACUAGAAAACACAGUCCAUAUAGCUCAAGUAGAAAAAGACGCGAUGACCCCUAAAGCACCGAUCCUGGAUUAUUCGGAAAACCAUGAGUUCAUGUCCGCUAACCAGUUGGAUAGCUACUACAGUGAAGAAGACAAGAAGGAUGCCAAGGAGGAGGAAAAGCAGAAACUGACGAAGGGUAAAGCGCCUAAGACUGAAAUACAAAGGUUUUAUAAGGACCAAUGUGUGUUUUUGACUGGUGGCACUGGGUUUUUGGGGAAAG